AAGCCUGCCUGCUCUCUACCAUUCACAAACACCGUCCUCCAAAGCCAAGAAACCAAGACCAUGGCCAAACCCCUCGUCCUUAGCGUCCUCCUUAUCCUCGCGGUGGCCUCGACCGCGGCGGCCACCACGCUGACCCUCCACAACCUCUGCCCGUACCCCGUGUGGCCGCUGGUCACCCCGAACACCGGCUUCCCCUCUAUCUCCGACAACGCCGUCCGCCUCGACGGCGGCGGCCGCGGGCUCGUCUCCUUCCGCUUCCCGCCCAGCUUCUGGGCUGGCCGCGUGGUGGCGCGCACGGGCUGCGGCCGCUCUCCCUCCCACGGGUGCGAGACGGGGAACGCGCCGCCGGCGACGGUGGUGCAGCUGGUGGUGCACGCGGAGGGGGCUCAGGACGUGGCGGCGUACAGCGUGAGCCUGGUGGACGGGUUCAACGUGCCGGCCGUGGUGAGCCCGCAGGCGGUGGGCGGCGGGCAGUGCCCGGCCCUGGGGUGCGCGGCGGACCUGAACGCGGGCUGCCCGCCCACGCAGCGCGUGUUCGGCGCCGGCGGCGGCGUCGUGGCGUGCAAGGGGUUCGCGAACUACUUCAAGGAGCGGUGCCCGCUGACGCGGACGACCCCCACCGACGUGGAGCCCGUGCCGCAGCGGUGCCUCGCGCCCGGCGAGCUUAAAAUCGUCUUCUGCCAGGCCGCCAUGGUGGACGCCGCCGGCGAGCCGGGGCUCAUCCGCACCGUCGUCGCCGACAACUAGCCGGCGGCCGGCUGACUGAUCGUAGCCACUACGUAUUUAGUUCGUGUGUUUAAUGAGAUUAAGUGGGUAGUUAAGUGCGUAUCACUCGUGUCAGACCGUGAUCGAUCGAGGCUGUAACUGUUAUGUGUUUGGCUUCGUUGCCAUGUCCGGCCGGCCGUGCCCUGCGAAUAAAGCGUACGUACCAUCAAUCCAUGAUGCGUACGUAGUUUGUUGUA